AGCGCCUAUGUGGCCAAACGUUGAGGCCAGACCUGCCAAGCUAUCGGACCAUGUGUUCCGCAGCCAUUUUGGCUCAAGUUGGGGCUCAAGCGCCUUCGGGUUAAUUUUUCAUUGUGCUUGCGCUUAGGUCUACUGGAUCACACCGACAAUUUGCCGUUUCACACAAUGGACGCAUUCACGACUCAGUGCAUCCACAGUGACGAUUUUUUUGAUACUUACGUGAACCCUCAUUCGUUGGACCAAAUCUUAGGUGACAUGUGUACGUCGAUGCCUAGCAUCGGAUCAUUGCCCACCAUGCAGCCGGUCACCACGCAGUCAUUGCCGCUCUGGCUGGAAGACCACCCCAUUUUGCAGUCGAACAGUGGCGAGUCAUGGAAGACUCUUGACGAGUUCGACCUCCCGCGGGAGCGUCGGCGGGCAGAAAUCAUUGGCAACCACCCAUCGGAACACACGCAGGAUUCAGCCUGGUUGGGCCCGGGCAGCGCCCCCUCGGCGGCCGAUGUGCAGCUGUCAUCUCAGCCUGGAGGCGUACUGCUGCUCCAUGGCCAGCCGCUGCCGCGCAGGCAGUACGACCACCCCAUUCUGCAGUCGAGCGGCGGCGAGUCAUGGAAGACUCUUGACGAGUUCGACCAUCCGCGCGAGCGUCGGCGGGCAGAAGCCACAGGCAGCCACCCAUCCGAACACGCGCAGGAUUCAGCCGCCCCGGCGGCCGAUGCGCAGUUGUCAUCUCAGCCUGCAGGCGUUCUGCUGCUCCAUGGCCAGCCGCUGCCGCGCAGGCAGGAAGACCACCCCAUUCUGCAGUCGAGCGGCGGCGAGUCAUGGAAGACUCUUGACGAGUUCGACCACCCGCGCGGGGGCGCUCCGCUGAUCCAUCGCGCCGCGGGGGCGGCGCCAGCCUGGUCGUCGAUCAGGCCGCCCGGCAUGCCGCCGCUCUCUGCCACUGAGGCGGGGCUCGCCGCAGGCCGCCGAGGCGAGCCAGACCGCGCAGCGCGGGCGAGACAGUGUGCCAGCGGAGGGCGGGCAGGGACCUCCAGUGGCACGCCCGCGGCCGGCAGGGGGCUGGCAAGCAUGCGGGCCCAGCUCCUGGCGCAGAAGCAGCUGCUGGCCAAGAUCCAACAGGAGGCUCAGGAGGUCAGGCGGAAUAUCCGCGAGCAGACGGCCUUCUUGGAGGAGCUUGAGUUUCAACAGGGCGAGCUCGUUGACAGCAUGCCAGUAGCUACCGAGGAGGUAGCGCCCGCCGCCCCUGGCGUUUCAAGAAUCACCACGCUCGUGAUUCAGAACAUCCCCAUGGCCAUGACGCAAGCUGACCUGAUGGACCUCUUCGACAAGUCUGGUUUCGCGAGCCGCUACGACUACGUCUACAUGCCGACGACUUUCGAAACGGGGACCACCAGGGGGAUCGCGUUCGUAAAUUUUGCCACCUCGAACGACGCCCGCGAAUUCUCCAUCCUGUGGAACAAAUCGCGGCUGACCAGAGAUGCCGGCGCUGGAGUCACCGGGACCGUGAUCGAGGUCAGCUCGGCGGCGAGGCAGGGAUACUCGGAGAACGUCAGGAUGUGGACGGCGAGCCGGCUGCGCCGCAUCAAGAACCCCAUGCUCCACCCCUUCAUCGCCCAAAGGCCAGCUGCCCUGUGAGCGCGCGGUUGACAGUUUUACUGGACGAGGGGAAGGGGGGACGUGUGGGCCCGUGUGGGGG